GAUGUGGGAGUGCUCUCCAUCAAGGCCGAACUGGGACGCGACCCGGAAGCCUUAGCCGAGAUGACCGAGAUGACCGAGAGCGACAUCGUGGAGGAGGAAGAGGAUGCUUCCGAGCAAAUCCAAGCUCUGGAGAAGCAGAUAACCGUUUUGAAGAAACGGCAGGCCAAGGCCUGA